AGUGUUUUGACGUUGGUACGAGAAUAAGGUUGUCGUGCGUAAGUGCUUUCCGUGGCCCAGCAUAGACAGCAGGAAAAAUGUUGGUCCUGGUGUUAGGUGACUUGCAUAUUCCCCAUCGCUGCAACUCGCUACCAGCCAAAUUCAAAAAGCUACUGGUGCCCGGCAAGAUCCAGCACAUCCUUUGCACUGGGAACCUCUGUACGAAGGAGAGCUAUGACUACCUGAAAACACUGGCCGGAGAUGUGCACAUUGUCAGAGGCGACUUUGACGAGAACCUGAAUUACCCUGAACAGAAAGUGGUAACAGUGGGGCAGUUUAAAAUUGGCCUGAUUCACGGACACCAAGUGAUUCCUUGGGGCGACAUGGCCAGCUUGGCACUCUUGCAGAGACAGUUAGACGUGGACAUCCUCAUCUCUGGUCACACACACAAGUUUGAGGCUUUUGAGAAUGAGAACAAAUUCUACAUCAAUCCUGGGUCUGCCACAGGUGCCUACAAUGCACUGGAAAGCAACAUCAUACCCUCUUUUGUGCUGAUGGACAUUCAAGCAUCCACGGUGGUUACAUAUGUUUACCAGCUUAUUGGAGAUGAUGUCAAAGUUGAGAGAAUCGAGUACAAAAAGUCUUAAUUUGUUGGUCAUGAAUGAAGGGUUUCUUCAUUCAGAAAGUCUAUCUUCAUUCCUCUCCACCUACAGCACUAUCACCAUGCUAAUGUUGUACCAUAAAUGUCCAGUCUUUUAAAUAUAAACACUGUAUAAUACUAUUGGUGUCAUCAGCAUUUGCUUCAGUGUUCAGUUUUUACAAUUUAGCAUUGGAUGGUCGUAUAGAAUGCAGUUAUUUGCAAAAACCAGUGAUUAAAUAUGUGGUGCCACACUCUCUUUUUUUUU